UUACGUUUGUGUUACGUUUGGUGUACGUAACUUCAGUCAGAUGCUGCUCCUAAUCUAUCCGCGAUGAAGUUGUGUAUUUAUAAUUUGUUGUAAUGGUCCAAAUAAUAAUAUUGGUUAAAUAUUGAAUAACAAAAAAGAAAAUAUUUUGUGUUAAAAUUAAAAAGUGAAGUUAGAAACGUUGCAAAUUCAAGUAGAGAAGUUCCCGUUAAUGUUUGCAAUUUAUUUUGUUUAGACGUACUUAUGUAUGCUCUGAAAUGAAUGUAUGCUAUGUGGUUUUAUACACAACUACAGAAGUGAUAAAGUAUUGAAAAUUAAAUAUUGACUGAAUCCUGACGAGAUUUGAAUUACGAAAAAUGAUUAUUUCGUAUAAAUUUUGAGUCAACAACAAUUCAGAACAUUGUGAGAAACAGUCAAUAAUGAUACAUAUGAAUUCAAUACUUGUACAUCUUUGUCUGUAUGCUGAUAUCAUAGCAAAGGAGAAUGCAAAGCGGACAGCACCCUUAAUUUAUGAACAGUAAAUAUAAUACCCGAGGCGCGCUACUGUUGCUUUAAUGUGAGACAUGUUUUGGAUGGUUAAAUAUACAGCGCAAUGUAACAAAAUAAUACAAAAUAGUUGAAGAAUUUAUAGUAAAUGAAUAUAUUUUCAGAUUUACGUCAAUAGCUGGAAAUCGGGAAACAGUCGGACACAAACUAGUAAUAAUGAAACUUAGAAAGUGCUAUAUACUCAUAGCUUUCAUCGUUACUUUUAAAUUUGAUGUUGAAGCUAACCUACAGCAUACAACUGAAUUAAGUCUAGAACAACGAAAUCACAACUUACCCCUUACAGAUACCAUUAAUAAGCAUUUAAGAAGUCAACUCAAUAGUACUUUGAAUAGCACACAACAAAAGCCAUCAAUAUCCGCACGAACUUUUCUCGGCGGCUUCGAUGUGGACAGUGUAGAAUUUCCUAUAGAUUCAGAUAUUACAUUCCAUGGCAACGAAAGGCCGACUUUUGUUACGGAACCCGUACACCGGAAAGAAAAAGUAUCCAUAGAAACGUCAAACCACGAGAAAAGUGAAAUCCACUCGAGUGAAGAUAUAAAUGUUACCAAUAACAAUGAAGAUUUACCAAAUAUUGAGUAUGAGGAACGAUCUUCUGGUCCCAUAUUAGAGAAAAUUAAUACAGCGGAAUCUGGUAACGCCUUACCAAUAUUCUUAACAGAACCAGAGAAUGUGUAUGUGGUUAAGAAUCGGCCAGCUGUGCUCAAAUGCAAGGCUGCACACGCCCUACAAUUGAACUUUAAAUGCAGUGGUAGUUCUCAACCUCCCCCUUCCACGCAUGAUAAGCACGUCGAUCCUCAUACCGGGGUACAUGUUGAAGAAGUAACCGCUACUAUACACCGCGAUUUAGUCGAUGAAUAUUUUGGUAAAGGUCCCUUUAAAUGUGAAUGUCACGCUUGGUCCUCACGAGGGGUUGCUAAAAGUCAAUCAGCUACAAUUAGCAUUGCUUAUGUACGGAAACAUUUUGCGACCUCCCCCACGUCCCUCAAAGUUGAACUGGGUACGAAAGCAGAAUUACACUGCGAACCUCCAGGAGGAUAUCCUGAGCCAAAGAUAACGUGGUUUAAAAAUAACUCGCCUAUUCAAAAAGACAAUGAUCAUGGAAUACUGGUAUCCACCGACGACAUGACUAUCACUUUCGAUGCCGUUUCUUUACAGGAUAUGGCGAAUUAUACAUGCUGUGCGGAAAAUGUUGCCGGUAAGAGAAUAUCAGACUCAGCAGUUUUGAUAGUUUAUGUAAAUGGUGGGUGGAGUUCAUGGAGUCCUUGGAGAGAAUGUAAGUGCUUAGGAAAAUUAAGCCAAGGUCGAAAGAGAGUCCGCUUUUGCAAUAAUCCAAUCCCUUUAAAUGGGGGCUCGCUAUGUUCUGGUGCGCAAGUUCAAAAGUCUGCAGAUUGUAUAUCCUGUCCAGAGGAGACGCAGAUUGUAAACUCUGACGUUUUUGACACAUUAACAUCUAAGAAGUUGGGUAAAUGGACGCCGUGGAGCGAUUGGAGUGCAUGUUCUUCUAAAUGUAUACAAGUACGACGAAGAAAAUGUAUUUCUUCGGUGACGGAAGAUUUAAGCGAAAACAUUGAUGUACACAUUGCUAUAAAUAACAAUAAUGGUUUGGGGUCGGUGAAAGUGCAGUGCUCUGGGAAAGACAUUCAAACUGCCGAAUGUCGCGGGGAGCAUUGUUUAAUUGGAAAUGAUGGUUUCGAUUGGACUCUUUAUCUUGGUUUAGCUUUUGUCAUCACUGUAUGUAUUGCCUUCGGAGCCGUUUUGAUUUAUUGUGCCCGCAGAAAUUUAUCAAUCAAUUCUCAUUAUAAUAUGGCCAGGACUGAUAUGAAUACAGAUUAUGUGCAGGGCAUAAAUAAGAAGGGUAUGAGUAUUGAGACUGCCAAUGUCAAUUACGAUUACCCCAGCGCUGAUCACAGAUUUAUGUCUAAUGAUCAUAUUAUUAGUUGCGGAGCUUCGGAACAUCAUUAUGAUGUACCUAAUUUGUCUGCCAACUACACCAAUCCAAUAGAUGAAAUAAGUGCCGAGUAUGUCACUGAUACACCAGAUACAUCGACAGCAGACACUUCGAAUUCUACCUACGAUAUGAAAGGAAAUAUGUCCGUAGCUUCUGCAUCGAAAAAUAUAGUAAGCGAAAUUUUAAAUAAUUGUGGAGGCAGCCUAAGUCUGUACAGAGGUGAAAUAAUGCUACAUGUUCCAGAAUUCGCGAUCGGUAAAAAUCAGAAGAAAAACAUGUCGUUGAUUUUAUUAAGUGACGAAAGCGCUCGAAUAUCCAUACCAUGCACUGAAACCUUAUUCGUAUGUAGCACAAUUGUAUAUUGUUCACCGCGAAAUUACAGUUUCCAAAAGCCUGUUAUAAUAAAAUUACCACACUGUCUAGUUGAUCCCCGCUUAUGGAAUGUGAAUAUAUACCAAGCAGAUGGCGAUCACUACGAUAUUAACUCCAACUGGCGGAAAGUCAUUUCUGUUGGCCAAGAAACUAUAAACACACCUGUUUUUGUUCAUUUAGAAGAAACUCAUCUGUACAUAAUGACAGAACAAUUAGGGCGUUUCGCAGUCGUCGCUGAACCGAAAGCACACACAAACUACCUUGCUUCUAUUAAAAUGCGACUUAUUGCUUUUAGUCAGCUAGCACCGAGUAGCUCAAACUGCAGUCUUCGUAUAUAUGUUGUAAAAGAUUUUCCUAAUAGCAAAGAUAUUUGUACAACAAUUGAGUCAAAACUUGGUGGUACUUUAAUGGGCGAAAGUGAAUAUUUUGCUUUCCACUUAAAUGCUUGUGAUUUAGUUAUACGCGUUCAUGACACAGGAUCAAGCUCAUGGGACGUCAAAGAGCAAACUGCAUAUGAACAAGUGAUUCCAUACAACCAUAUUCUUAAUAAUAACUCAAUUUUACAUUGCGAGUUUAGUAUAAAACUAUCGGUGAACUCACGGUUGAUAUUCGAUGUGGAUUUUGAGCAGACCGGUUUUGAAAAUAUGGAAUCAGAAGUACACUCGUUUGUUAUUUCCAAUGAACACUUAACUCAAGUCGAUAUUCCAAAUCAGCAAGCAAUUGUUUCUAUUGAUCGUGAUAGUAGUUAUGUAAAUGAGACGAAUAGCUUGAGUGGCGCUUAUUUACCGCGUACUUGUAAACACUUGAUUUGCGCUGCACUUGAUCCUCCAAGACAGGAUGAAAAAGAUUGGCGUUUGUUAGCUAAAAAACUUGGAACAGAUCAUUAUAUUGCGUAUUUUGCUACAAAGCCUUCGCCAACCGAACAGAUUCUCAACCUGUGGGAAUGUCGAGCAAAAAAUUCUUCGCGUACAAUUGUUGAAUUAUUAAUUGUGUUCAGUGAUAUGGACAGAGACGAUAUAAAGCAAAUUAUAACAGACACUAUUAGCCCUCUUUGGGUGUGAAUAAGCUUUGAAAAGCUGUAUUGAUAUGUUGAGAUGCCUUUUAUUUGGAAAAUUAAGAGAUUAUAGUAUUAGAAAUGAUUAAGUAUAAGUAUAACUACUUUUGUAUAUGUAUUGUUGAUACAUACUUGUAUUAACUAAAAAAUUAUCGGACUCCCAAAAAUGUUUAACAGUCGCGACCAAUACCAGUGCACCCGUGUUAAAUGUAAACUUUUAAAAUAGCAUCUUGGCUAAUAAAUCUAUUGUAAGUGACUUAUUGAUUAAUUAAUUACAUUCACAUGCUUUAAGCCUACGUUAAAAUAAUUACUCGAUUUUGAACUAAAUGUAAUAAUUAUUCUAUAAGUUUAAAAAUUCUCAGUUUACAUCACUUGGCUUGAUGUUUUAUUAACACUUUCCGGAAACUGUAAUUUUCCAUUGAAAGUCGUUUUGACCGAUUUGAAGAUAAAAAUGGUGAAAUUUCUAUACAUAUGUACAUGUGAGUGUUCAUAUGUGUAUAUAAAAAACUAUUUUUUCUUCUUUUUUUCUUGCAAUUAGUGCUGAGGGAAUGUUUUUGUUGAACUUAAUUUUUAGGCACAAAAAAAUAGGGGGUCUCAGUUUGGAAGUUUCUAAUUUAUUUCUACGCGGUUGAAAAUUUUUCUCUAACAACUGUUUUAGUCAUAUCAUAUGAUUGCUUGUUCUUUCUUCCAUUUCACUAAAUUGCACUCAUAAAAUACAUAGGUAAAAGUGUGUGAAUUUGUAAAAUGAAAUUAGACAACUAAACUUUUUUACUAUUUUGGUUGGUUAUAAAGUAAAGUAAUAUACAACAUUUUCUGAAUUUGAAGAAGAAAAUAUUAACAAACAAAGAAAGCUUCCACUCGAAACCAUGGGACUUAAAUGACGUAAAAUGAGAUAUGUUUUUUUUUUGUAGUCUUAUUUAGGGUUCAGGUAAAGGCAAUAAAUUUCAACAAGGUCAUUUAAUUGAUGCAAGGAAAUACUAUAUUUCGGUAGAUAGAUUCUGAUAGAUCAAUCGAGGACUUGAAGCGCAUAUAAGAGCAUGGUAGGCGGAGUGCAUCAUCGUUAAAUUUGUUCUCUAGUUGUUCAGCGUUAGGAUACUAUGCUGUAUUCACAUGUAUAACGCUAAUCAUUAGAGUUUUCUUUUUAGUAUUUAAUAUACAUAUUUGUUGUUAGAAAUGUUAUUGUACUAGGCAUAUGCGUGCUUGUUGUAUAAAGCCAUUUAUCGAUUUGGAAGUGACUUUGAAAUUACAUAUUUUUGUAUGGAAUUGGUUAUAGAAUAUGACAAUAUUAUGUUAAAAAAAUGAUGUUGAAGUGAAUUUUUUAGAAAGCAGAACAUUACUGAUAAAUUCUUCGCCGCGGCCGGAAAAAGGGAUAAUUAGGAAUAGCUUGGCUUGCCUUUGCUUUAUACGAUUUUUUACAGCAUUUUACAGGAUUCGUUGCUGCACAACUAACUAUUUCUUAUUUGCUGUCGCAUAUCUCUUUCGGUGUGAUUAACAAUUUUAUAAAUAAAUUAUUCUUUUUUUUUUAAAUAAAUUACUGUGGCAGUGUAAAAUCAUUUAUAAGUGUAAAAUUUUUUUGUAAGGUUCACCUGUUGUAACAUAAAACCGAUUUUCGUCCAAAUGUGCGGAUAUUUACAAAAAGUAGAAUUUUCUACGUUUCAUAUAAGUUGUAUUAUGAUAUUAUACAUAUACAUAUUCUGGUAUAUCUUAGCUUUAUUUUGAAAAUUACAUAUGUAUAUCCUUUUAUUUCCAAAGACAAUUUGUUUACACAAUGAAUCUCCUGUAUUUCAAUUACUUAAGAGUGUCAUAUAUAAUACUUACAGUUAUUAUAUGUAUUUUUGUGUAAGUUUUUAAACAUUCAAAUUACCUAUGAUUUUCAUUUAUAUUUUUGUUAUACAUAAUGUUAUUUAUUUAAAAAUUUGUAAUCGAAUAUUGAUACUUGGUUGCACUGGUGACUUCGUGACUUAAACGAACCUAUAUGUAGGGCCAAAUAUUAUAAGCAAGUGAAAGACAAUUAGUGUCAAACUUUUGCAUAUGAGCAACAAACAAUAAAUGCGGUGCCAAAUCCUUCGUUUGUUAAGAAUCCAUUUGGGAUGGCAUAACCACUCGUACAUAUACAUGCAUGCAUCAUGUAAGUGUGUGUCUCAUUGAAUUUAUAGUGACUGCUCAACGAAAACUACUAUGAGAAAUUGUAUGUACUUGAAAUAUAAAAUACAUGCAUAUAUGAAAAUUAAUAAAUAGUUAGUUCGGACUGUAAAACAAUAUAUACUCGUAGUCUUGUAGGAUAUGAGUUUCAUGCUCGUAUAUAUGUAUAUGCUCAAAAUAUAUUAGCUCUUAUUUGUAAGAUAAAUUAUGUAAUUAUAAUUUGUGUAAAACUGUAAUUGUAGACAUAAGAAUUCCUAGGCGUUUUUGAAUGUCUAUGAGAGAAUAUAAAAGAGUAAUGUUAAGAUUGACUUUUAUAAAUAAAGCAACCAUGAGUAAAA